GUGCUCUGAUCUUCCGAAAAGGCUCGGUGGGUUUCUGAUUAGGGAAUAUGGCGGAUCACUCCUUUGGGCGUUUGUAGAGGAACCUGCGAAUACGCUUACCGUGUAUACCGUGUGGGUGUACCCCAAAAGCUCAGACAACGACAGCGCAAGCACAACGUCGUCAUGAUGCUGUGAGACACGAUAAAAGAAAUCAAAAUUCAUCGUCCAUGUUGAUACAAACUAAUGUUAGCUUCUCAACGUCAAUUGAAUAUUCAUCGAUAUCACUAUCGAGCAAUUAUCAAUCUUUCAAGAACCAUGGCAGUCAAAAACAGUGCUGUGUUCAGCCCAGAGAUCCCUGCACCCCUCACUAGACAAGACUACAUGGUCACGCUGUUUCAUGGUCUUCUCUGCACAGCUGUAGUUCAAUACAUACAAACUUGGUUGCCGGGAAAGGUGCAGCCAGGAUACAGCUUCGACGCGGCUCCGCGUACUACCUUUUGA